AAAUGGCUGCCAUUUAUGUCAACAUUGUCAUCUGCGGUGAUAACUGAAAUUGGAAAAUUUGGAUUUUGGCACAACUAGAUCCAUCAAAAUAAUAUAAAAGAAAUCAAUCUAUUUCCAGUAAAUAUGUUAACGGCAAGUGUUUAUGGCAAUUCAUUGAUCUCGACUUUCAUCAGAACUAACAGUGACCAUGUCUAAAAUCAAACGAAAGAUCAGCGUGAAUCUGACGACGUCGAAAGCGAAAUCUCUGACGACGGUCAAGAACCGUCCGAGCGUUUUCGAACGUCUCGGCACGAAAGCUCCAGGAGGAGGAACAGGCAAGGAGUUUUGCCACCAUUGGGCGCAGAGCGGAUCCUGUCCUUACGGCAAAGGGUGCAAGUACUCGGCUACCCACACGCUGAUCAGCCCUUCCAAGCAGAGGGCGGCGAAGGUGGUGCAGACGGGGGUGCCGAAGAGGAGGCACGCGAAAGAGGGCCACAAGAGGAGCCAGCACGAAUACGAAGAGUGGGAGCAAUGGGAUCCUGAUGAGUUGGAAGAUGCUGAUCCAGAUGAUCUGGAGAAAAGGAGACAGGAGUUGCAGAGAGAGCUGGAGCUGCAAAUGAAGAUGGAGAAUAAGGCAAAGAAAAAGGAAAAGAAGGCACAAAAAGUAGGUACUUAAUUGGUUCUAAAUAUGGAAUAAUAUAUAAUUGAUUUAGUACCUACCUACCUACUAAAAGUAGUAUAGAGGAGUGGGAAAUUUACCAAAAUGCAAAUACAAAAUCAUUGAAUGAAACUAUAGAAAGUGGGCAAUCUGAACUGAUCCUUCAUCCAGUGUGUUGGUAGACAAUAAUAUAAAAACAAGACAAAUCCAAAACUUCCUAAGUCCUAGGGAAGCAUUACACAUUAUUGUCUAUAGUUUGAUAUACCUGAUUUACUGAUGAAGAAUGUGUUAGAUCAUUGUUCAAAAAUGUAUGUUGUAAUGUUGAUCAAAUAGAAGUACUCCCUUGAAUUUCUCUUUAGUAAUGAAGACAUAGGCAUCAUUUAGGGGAUAAUUGCCUCCCCCUGAUUUUGUACAAGAAGUAAUCCAUGUAGAUUCUUCCUGUAACUACAUAAUAUACAUACAUCAGUAUUGUAUCAUAUCACUACUUGAAACUGAAAGAAAAACAUUUCAAAAUUGUCAUUCAGUAUAAUAAUAGGUAUUUCAUAUAUCAUACAUAGAAUAUUCCUGAAUAAGGAAGCAUCAUAUUUUCCUAAAAUGUUACAAUAGACUGAUGAUUAACUUAUUUCCUGUUAUGAGUGAAAGUUGUUGAUUCAGAUACAAUGAAAAAAUUUAGGUGAGUUGAAAAAUUGAGUCAGUAUCCUUACUUCCAAAAAACUUCAAGAACAACCACCUUCUCAGGUAUCCUACAGACAAUAUCCAAAAAACUUUUUUCUUGCUUUUCUUAAUGUUCCUAUUGUCAGAUAAUUUCAUAUCAAUUGCAAGAAACUGAGAAUAUGUAACUGAAUAGUUUAUGAUAUAAUAAUGUGAUGGAGUUGUUGUCAGUCUCAAAGACAUUUAAUUUUCAAUUUUGAGGCAUUUUACCUCCUGAAAAGUUUGCCUGAGGUGCAUUUUCAACAUUGCAGAAAUUUUAUCUGAGUUUCUUGACCUCCUUCCCUGGUAUUUACUAAAUUGAUGCUCCUGAAUGAAGGGACACAAAUAAUUUGCACAGCAUUGUUAUUCCCUUGAUUCACUGACUUUUAUCUGUUGCUGAGACUAUUUUGAUUCGAAAUAUGUUUUAAGGAAAGUAGUCCUAGCACAGGGAGUUCCACUUCAAGCACUGACUCAAGUUCCAGUAGUGAGGAUUCAUCUUCAUCUAGUUCUAGUUCUGGAGAAAUGAGAAAGAAGAAAAUCAAGAAAGUAAAAACAAAACGAACUAGUUCAACUUCUUCAGAGGAUAGAGCAAGGAAUAAACACAAAAUAAAGGGUAAGAGAACCAAGUCAACAGUGAGAGAAAAACCUCUCAAGAAAGUGAUGAAACCAGUGAAAGCCAAGUCUCCUUCACCUGUGAGACAGAGAAAAAAAUCUGAAACUCCACCUCUGAAAGCCAAACUGACUUCUAGUGCAAAGAAGCUCAGUUCAGAGAAGUCCCCUAGGUCUCUAAGCAGAACCAGCAUCAAAGAAAAACAUUGCACUCCAUCUCCAAAGCCUUCAAAAGAUAAAGAUCGCGAGAGAGAACGAGAACGUGAAAAAGAACGAGAAAGGGAAAGAGAAAAAGAGAGGGAGAAAGAACGAGAGAAGGAAAGAGAGAGAGAGCGUGAAAAAGAGAAGGAGCGAGAGAGAGCCAAAGAGCGGGAGAAACAGAGAGAGCGCGAGAAAGAGAAGGAGAUCAAGAAGAGGGAGCCUAUCAAAUCCCCAAAGAGAGACAGCCGGGCUAUAAAGGACGUCAGGAAAAGGGACACUCCAGAUUCUUCACAUUCUAGAGACAGGAAAAUUUCUCCUGGUAGAGGAAAAGGGGGCACAACCAGAAGAGAUCACAAAAGUCCUGUUAAAGAUGACAGGAGAACUAAUAAGAGAGAUGACAGAGCAAGGUCCAGGGUCAAAGAAGUGAAAUCCGCGGAGAAACCUCGUAAAGAUCCAGGUGGGAGAAAUACUAGCACGACGCGUCGCGAGUCCAGAGACAGAGAUCGAGAGCGCGAAAGAGAGAGACGGCUGGUGAGAGAAGAGAGAGAAGCGGCCAGAGAGAAAGAGAGAGAGGAAGCGUUGGCCAGGUGCCAGGAGAGGCAGCGCGAGAGAGAGAGGCUGAAGAAGGAGGAGGAACAGCAGAGGAGGAGGGAGAGGACGAGGCGGGAGGACAGAGGGCUGGACAAACCUUCCGUUUGUUCAACAGGAGAUCGUGUCGAGCGUCUUCUGCCGCCGUUGGAGGAGCGUGUGCCGCCAUCUAGGAAAGCACGGUCUUUGGAUAGGGGUGAUCGUUCGGACAGAGGCAGAUCUGAUAGGCACGAUCGGUCUAGCACCGAUAGAUCCUCGAGAAAGUCUUCGGAGAGGCAUGACAAAGACAGGUCAUACGACAGAGGUAGAGACCGUGAUUAUGGCCACAGAGACAAGGACUAUGACAGUCCUUAUGAGAGGGGCAGGCAUGAUGACAGGAGGUAUUUGGAGGGCGACGACCACUACGGGGGCGAUGGAAGGCUGUAUGGGGACGAAAGAAGAGGUAGAAGAGAUUUGUGGGAUGAUAAAGAUGUGGACAGAGACAGAGACUUGGAGCGCCACUCGCGGUACGACUCGCGCCCACGUGACGACCCCAAGAGCAUCCGCGGGGCGGACUGGGCGGCCGAGCGCCACCGCGACGACUACCCCUCCUCGGCGGGGGCGGGCGAGCACGAAUGGCGUGGAGUGGGCGGCGAGUGGGAGGGGCGCCGAGGCGAGCGCGACGGCGGGUGGGGGGAGGAGCGCGAGGGCGAGAGGGGGGAGGAGGAGUGGGGCAGGCAGUACCGGGGGCGGUCGACGGACGGGUGGGCGGCGGAGGAGAGGAGGAGGUGGCAGGGCGAGUGGCGGGAGAGGUCGGAGAGGCCGCGGAGUGCCGCCUCGCACCAUCUCGAUGCGGUCGGGGCCGGCGUGCCUCUCGCAGACGAUCCAGAGGCCGAUUUUCGGCGCAAAGAAACCGAAGGGCCGGCUGUUGUGGAGAGGCCGGAGGGUGAUCCCAGAGAGGCGCCGCAAGCGCACAAGCGGUCCGCCGACGAGCUGCUCGACAGCCCUGGGGGCGGGCCGGGGGGCGGCGCCUCCAAGAAGUUGUGCGUAGUUAAGCAGGAGGCGCUCGUCUUGGAGGACGAUCUCAGCGAGAUCAGCGACGAUGCAGACGAGAUACUCAACAGAGAUGAAGUUCAAGAAGAGGUCCUGGAAGGAGAGGCUCCUCUGAAACCCGAUACGGCUUCCCUCAAAGAUCAGACCGUCUCAUCGGCCUCUCAAAAGUCCCAUUCGCCGUUGCCCAAGUCGCCCGGAGGCAAACCGGCUCCGGUCAACGAAGAAUCUAUCGAGGAGGACAACAUGGAACUGGACUUUGAGGAAAUCUCUGAAGAUGAGUUGGAAGAGGAAUCUAAAGUGAAAGGUCUCGGUGACGCAUUGGGGGUGGAUUGGGCCAGUCUUGUAGCAGAGUCCAGGCCCAGACAGAAACCCAUGAGUUCGGCAAAGUUAAGGUGGGAAAGUCACAACGUUUUAGUGCAUCUAGGCGUCUCCGUUGCCCUAGCAGGUGAGGACUUGGUCAAGGACAUAAUGAAAGAGCACGUGAACGCAGGUUUGCGAGAACUGGUGAAGAAGGAAGAACCUCUGGUGAAGAUAAAGCAGGAGCCGGAAGACGCCUCAUCUUGCGUUGACGUCAAACAAGAACCUGCGGAAGAUUUUUCGGCAUCGCCAUCGGAAGAAGAGGCGGAAACGUCAUGUCCCCAUCCCAUUGCGGCCAUUCAAGUGGCCGAUAGAGAAAAAAUGCAGAUGCGCAAGGCGCUGUUCACCAACGUGGGGCCUCAUUGUAGGGCUUUGAGCGCCAGGAGGGAUCUGAUCAUUAGGAGGCACUUGUGCAACUUGCCGUUGACCGAUCAAUAUGUGGAGGCCCCCAAGAGGCACGAUCCCGAGUUGCUGAAGAUAGCCACGCAGCUGUUUGAGAGGUGUCUCUAGGGUACUCUAGGUGUAUUGACAUAGUUUAAUUUUUUUUAAGUUGUCACUUUUGUUUGCUCUUCCUCCAAAUGGAUAGAGGUUUCAAAUAAACGACUU